GGAAUUGUGGGAGAUACAUCCAAGAUGGCGGACGAAACAGCAGAAAAGGUUUAUUUAAUUUAUUUGACGUGGCUUCUCUCAAAUUGUUGUUUUGUAGGGCCUCAAGAAUUUCCACUUCCUGAUACAUUCAUUAAUCCUUCAUUUCAAGUUGCACAUUAUUUAUGGGAAGGGAAAACAGCUCAAAUAAUUGAAGAACUCGAUAAGGUGCACAAACCCUCAUACAUUUUGGCAACUCCAGAUCAUACAUUAUAUAUAUCAAGCUUUUUACUUGAUCAGGUCUUGUAUGUGACAGAUACCAGAGUAAAAGGAAGCCCAGCUGUGACAUUUACACAGGGUCAUGGACUUGAUGGGCCAUGGGGAAUGGUUGCUGACGUCAAAUACCUGUAUGUGGCAAGUUUUACUACAGAUCAGAUCCACAAGUAUGACUUAGAAACAAAAAGGUUUGUAGGUGCCUUUGGUAAUGAGAGUAAUCUUGAUUGUCCUGAGGGUAUGGCUAUUGGACCUAACGACACACUUUAUGUGGCAAGCUUCCUGAAUGAUAAAGUUGUAAAAUUCUCGAUCCCCGAAGGAGAGUUUCUUGGAGUGGUUGCUGAUAAAACCCAUGGCCUAAAGGGGCCCGAGGAUGUCGCAUUCCUUAAAGAUGGCACCCUCCUUAUCUGCAGCCAUUACACAGAUGUUGUGCUGAAAUUCAACUCUUCUUCCGGCGAAAACCUUGGCGUAUUUGCUAGAGUGGAAAAACCGGUCGGCUUGACUGUGGGUUCUGAUGGAAACGUCUAUGUUACAAGCUACGUUUCGAAUAGCAUUCUUCGAUUUAAUGGACGCACAGGUAAUUUCAUCGACGUUUAUGCUGCGGGUGGUGGCCUCGAGGGACCCUCCAGCGUGAGUUUUGCUGAUCUUCGAACACUUUACGCAGCCAGUUACGACAGCGAUAGAAUUGUUUUAUACAACAGUACGACGGGACUCUCUUACACUUUUCCUGGGAAACGAAACGAACAUCCCGGAGAUGGAUCUUUCCGGAAUGUUACACUCGACAGAUAACACAGAUUAAGUUGGAGUUCCACUGAAAUUACAGAUUUCCAAACAACAUUCAUUGCAUGUAACUGGAAUCGCAAACUGCCAUAUUUUUGAAUUUUCACAUUUUCUUGUGGGUAUAUGUUCAUUCUAUGCACGAGGGAUAUAUAUAUAUAUAUAUAUAUAU